AGGAAGCAAAUCCAAACUCCUCAAUGAGGUUCACCUUCACAUAAAAUAGUUUGUCCGUUCGCCUCGAGAGACCUAUUUUUUUUUUUAUCGUUUCGUCGCCUCGACAAAAAUGAAUGGUUCGCUGCACUCUUCGCCCAACGUGGUGGACAUCAAACUGAAGCGGGGCUCAGCCGGCCUGGGCUUUAAUAUCGUCGGGGGCGUGGACCAGCAGUACUUAAUUAACGACAAUGGCGUCUACGUGAGCAAAAUUAAAGAAGAUGGAGCUGCAGGAUUGGACGGAAGACUCCACGAAGGGGACAAGAUCCUGGCGAUCAACGGAGCCAAACUUGAGGAUCUGACGCACCAAGUUAUCGUGGAUCUGUUCAGGGCUGCAGGGGAGGACGUGGAGCUCCGUGUUCUGAAAAGGUUUCCUAAUCACGGGAACGGACCGACGGGCUCACAACCCGAGCCCAAAUCUUCCGUGUCUCUUCUGGAAAUACUGGUCGCUUUAGCCGGAGUCGCAGCGCUCUGUGCGUAUAUUUACAUGCGGCUCCCGAGGAAGCACUUUUAACGAAGCCGACGUCUGUUUUAAGAUCAAAAACUUUGCUAAAGGCCAAAGAAAGAGGGUGGGGAUCAGCAGACGCUAUUACUAUUAUUAUUUUUUUAUCAGUAGGUUCAGGUGUCACUGAUGAGAUUCUCCAUUUUCACAUGUAUAAUGUGAUUUAAUGGCAGCUUUUGACACCCUUCCUAUGCAAAAGGAUGCUCUCUUAAUAGAUAACUGUGUGAUCGUCUGGAGAACAAGAAGGAUGUGUAUAUUCCUGCUGCGGGGCUGAGCCCGGGCAGAAACCAACGGCGGCUCGUACACAGAAUACUGUUAAAUCCUCGGGUCGGGUCAGACUGGCUCGAGCUUCAGGGUCCAUUUGCGAACUGAAAGACGGCGUUUGUGGUCAGUCACUCGCCGGCCUCUGCGCACCUCCAUCCCUGAAUGGCAGACCUGUCUUGAGCGUCGACGUGAGGGGAACCCACUUUACUUUCAGUUCCUCUAGUGUUUUUAAAUGUGAAGGUGACCGAGGGGUUUAAUUUUUUUUCAUUUCAUAUUUUUUUGCACCUCGUUGCACAGAAUCGUGAGAGGAGUGGUAAAUGAUAAUGUGUAAAAUUGUGUCUUGUCAUUGACUUCGGAGUGCCUUUUUUCUGUCUAUUCCAAGUAAAGGCUUGGUUCUUGUUGGUCCUCAAUUGUGAUCAAAAUUCAAAUCAACCCGAUACGUCUAUUAAUACGUUAAAUUAAAGGAUGUUGCUGGCAAUAAUCUCUAUUUUCUUGUCAAACAAUGACAUUAAAAAGCCAGAAACCGACAGUGAGUUACUCAGUUUCUCGACACUUUACGACUUCCUGUUCAUUCCCAUUUAUUUAAACAUGUGAAUCCUUUAAAAAAAACAAAUCACAAAUAUGUAGUUUCAUUAUGAAAAAAAUCCUAAAAUAGCUUGGCACCGUUGUGUUUAGCAGACGUUACUCAAAGGGAAGGAAAUAAAGUGCAUUUGUUGGACUACAGCUGCGAAUUAAUACAUAUUCGUUGCUUUAGUGAGUCGUUUGGGCAGCAGACUUCAGUGCCAGCGUUGUAAUGAAGAAACAUGUCACCCAGUGCAACCUUGUGGCUCAGUAAUGUUUUAAAUAUAUUUAUUUAGACAACAGUGGAGCUCUGUUGCGCCAAUAUAUCAUUCGCUACUUAUUAUUUUGUUGGUUUGGGUCUUUAAAUGGAAUGUGCUUAUCAUCCGAUGUAUCCAUUUAAAGCAAAAUACGCUUGUUCAAAGUGUAUUUUGAACUAAAUUAACUUCACUUUGAAGGGUUUAUUCUAAGAGUCACAGGGUCACUCGGGGUGAUCCAUUAAAUCUAAAACAAGUCAUUACUCAGAUAAUUAUCAUGUGGUGAGCGGCUUGUUUCUUAACCGCCGCCAAAGACUGCGUUGGGAGACGCUGCCAUGUUAUGGUUGUAUGUCGCAGCCUUGAAGACGUUCUUCUCAUCGUGCAUCGAGGCCAGUGUUCAUCGUCACAUCGCACCUUCUGCUAAGGAAUUGGAGUAUGUUAUAAUUUAGUUCAAUUGUGCCACAGAUCAACAGUUUUAUACUGAAAAUCUGUUUUGUGCCAGUUCAAUGUAACGGGAAGUUUUCUUUAAAGAAAUAAGUUGCUGUCAGCAAUGUUUUUUUGUUCUUUUUUUACUUUUUGCACUAGCCACAAUCUUCGAACUUCCGUAGAACCAAAUUGUGUGACUCUAUGUGGCUCUUGAUGUCUGUAAAUACAUUUCUCGUCGCUCUGCUGAUUAGGAUUGUGAAAUAUGUGCAGGAUACCAGAAGAAAGCAGAUCCGAGGCACUAAUGAAUGAUGUAAAAUAUUGUGUUUUACAUCCAAGCACCUACUGUAUUAAAAGUUAUUCCAUUA